CAAAAAACUGUUGGCAACACUUGAUCAACUGUAUCUUGAUCUGUGUUUAAACAAAAAAAAAAAAGGAAACUUAAUUUUGCCAUUGUGAUCCUGAAAAGGCCAAGAAAAUGUCUGAAAACACUCUUGCAUAUGGACAUCUGGUUAAUUCAAUAACCCAGGAUGGUAAAUUAAGAACGAUAUUCAAUGAAUAUGAUGCAGAACUUCGCGAAAAUGAACGUUUGAAAAUAGCCAGAGAACAAAUACUGACACAGAUGAAUACGAUGGCUUUAGAUCAUAUGCUGGUUUGUGAGGCCUUUGCUGGCAUGAAUGCCCAAAGGGAGGAGCAAAAUAGAGUAAACGGGAUAAUGGAGCUGUGCUACAGUCAAGUUCUCAAAAUGGAGCACUUGCUGGAAAAUAAAAAGUUCAAGAAUAUAUGCAAAUACACAAUGCUGCUCAAGCAAAAUGAGGCACAGACUGUGCAUAAAUCAUUGGAAAGCGCGCAUAGUUCCGAGCUGGAGAAUCUAGCUAUACUAGAAUGUCGUCAUUUCGUUAAAGAGCUGCGGAAUUGUCUGUGUGUCUUGGAUAGAAGUCAACAGGAGUUAGACAUAGUACAGCGAUCUUUUAAAGAUUCUCAAAUCCAAAAGAAGAUGAAUCUCCAACGGGCUAACGGGCAGUUAAAUUUAAAAAUUCUGCAUCUUCUUCUUCAACGCAAGGACUUGAUUCAAUUAAAGAAGACGCUAGCCAAUUGUGCUGCAAACAAUCUACAACAACAACACCAGCAGCAGCAACCCGUAGCACAGGGUUUACACGUCAGCAUCCCGUCGCUGCAGAAACAUGGGGAUAAGUUCAUAAUUCAAUCCGCUCUAGAUUUCUUAAAAAGUUUUCCAACUGGCGAUAUAUCCAAUAAUCAAAUUCAGUCGAAUUCAGCUCAUGAGCCAAACACCUUACAUUCCAUAUUGAUGGUGGAUGGUAACAGAAACACUUCGAGCCCGACCAAGCAAGUACGUUUUGCUCCCUCUCCGCUGUACGAGAAUGAAGAUGAUGUCAUGGCCAGCACUGAUAAUUGGGAGGAAUUGGUUGGGCGUAUGGAUAUCAAUCUGGACAACGUAGAGCAACUGCCAGCAACAAUGGAUUCGGCAGUGUCCACUAGUUUUGCUGAUCCCUCUUCCACUGGAUUUGUGAUUACAUCCGAAUCAAUCCCCACACCUCGGAAUAAUUUUGGAAACAUAUGUCCUCAGCCUCUUACUGCAAUUGUAACCACAUCCGGAUCAGAUCCUACCACUUCUCGAGAUUCUCUUGCUCCUAAGGCUAAAUUUGUUAAAUCCUUGACUGCAAUCACAUUCGCUCAGCCUCCCACUGUUGCCCAUAGUGCUAGGGUUGUUCAGGCCUCGACUGCAUUUGCGACCCCAUCAGAAUUGAUCACUACUACAUCUGGAAAUAAUUUUGAACGCAUUUUUGCUCAGUCCCUGACUGAAACUAAGACCAAAUCUAAAUCAAUCACUGCUACUCCGCACAAAGAGUUUAUGUUUAGUUCUCCCGAAAGUUCGUCCACAGCAAUGUCUGAGGAACCAUUGCUCUUUGCGGCGCAAAAUGAUGAUUUCUUUUUAAACUUUACUUAUGACACCAAUGGACAGAAGAACAAGGCUGACUAUGAACUAUAAAAUGACAUACAUUCGUAUAGUAUUAACUUUCGAGUAGUAUUAAAUACAUAUGUGAAGAAAUAUUUUAAGUUUAUCAAUUGUUAUAAAAAUCCAUGAAUAAAGUUUCCGUUUUGUUAAUCAUAAACUUUUAAGGUAACAGUUGAAGGGAUAAGACCAGAUACUGUCGCU